GGCAGCUGAAGGAGGUGAAUAUGAAGGCUGAUCUGGAGGCUCCCCUGCCUGCUGGACAGGAGGAUUUCGCGAUCCGGUGCCAAGAUGUGUGCAGGUCGUACGGCAAACUGAAGGUCCUCAGCAACCUCAACCUGACUGUGCCGCAGGGACACAUUUAUGGUCUUUUGGGCCCCAGUGGAUGUGGGAAAACCACGCUGCUGAAAUGUAUUGUGGGAACUCUGAAAAUUUCACGGGGUCACAUCACCGUGUUGGGAAAGCCGCCCGCAUUUCCUGGUCAUGACAUCCCAGGGAAGAAGGUCGGAUACAUGCCGCAGGAGCUGGCUCUGUACAAUGAGUUCACCAUCAGUGAUACGCUGACCUUCUUCGGACGAAUCCACGGCCUGACGUCGAAGGACACGCAGGCACGAAUGAACUUCCUAGUUGACUUCUUGGAUCUACCUCAGAAGCACAGCCUGGUCCGAAAUCUCAGUGGGGGUCAGAAGCGUAGAGUGUCUCUCGGAGCGGCUCUGCUUCAGAAUCCAGAGCUCCUCAUUCUGGAUGAACCAACAGUAGGAGUGGACCCUGUGCUCAGGGCAAAGAUUUGGCAGCAUCUGGUGGAGAUUGUGAAGACGGGGAAAGUCUCCGUCAUCAUCACCACACACUAUAUAGAGGAGGCCAGGCAAGCCAACGUGGUUGGUCUCAUGCGGAACGGCCGCUUGCUGGCUGAGGGUCCUCCAGACGCCGUCAUGAAGCAGCACAGUGCAACAACUUUGGAGCACGCCUUCCUACAGCUGUGUGAGACGUCGGACCAGAUCGACUCUAAACGAGGGUCCAGUCCGCAGGGUGGGGCGUUGGAGAACAGCCAAUCAUUCGAGAGUGGGCGGGAUGAGAGUCGUCCAAUUCUCGGGCUCGGAGCAGGACCUGUAGAGGAAUUCCCUAAAUAUUCAGCGGACUGGAAGGUGCGAGCCAGACAUGUGCUGCCUAAGUGGAGAAACAUUUCUUCACUGAUGAUCAAAACCAUGGUGCGGAUGAAGAGAAUGCCAGGCUCGUUGUGUUUCCAGUUCUUGCUGCCCGUCAUUCAGAUCUCUCUGAUCUGUUUGUGUGUGGGAGGAGACCCAAAGGAAAUCGAUGUUGCCGUGGUGAAUAACGAGACGUCCUCCUCCGCUUACAGCAUAUCACUGCUGUCCUUCUUGGACAACUCUAGCGUGCACCAGGUGCCGUUGUCUCAUGCAGACGCUUUUAAUGGGAUCUAUAAUGGAGAGUACUGGGGUGUCAUCGGCAUUGGUAAAAACUUCACCAGUUAUCUGACAAAAAGGAUGAUGCAGCGGCAGGUUUCUGCAGAGGUGGUCGAUGGAGGAUCAGUGCACGUCUGGCUGGACCUGACGAAUCGACAAAUUGCCUUCAUGCUGCAGAAGAAACUACACGAGGCCUUUCAGGCUUUUGUGGAUAAUAAGCUGGGAAGUCUGUCCUACCUGGUCGCCCUGCCGAUAAAGUUUGAAGAGCCGAUCUAUGGCAGCCAAAACACAGACUUCACUACGUUUGUGACACCUGGAGCUGUGCUCAGUAUCACCUUCUACCUGGCUGUGGGUCUGACGGCCCUCUCCUUUGUCCUGGAGAGGAAGGAGGGCCUUCUGGACAGAUGUUGGGUCGCAGGUGUGAGCUCCAUGGAGACGAUGUUAGCUCACCUCUUCUCUCAGCUCUUUGUCAUCAGCGUUCAGAUCAUCCUGCUGCUCCUCUUCAUACUGCUCGUCUUCAAGGUGCCUAAUGAAGGCUCCUUAACGCUGGUCAUCAUUCUGAUCGUGCUGCAGGGCGUCACCGGCAUCUCGUUCGGCCUGGUCAUUUCAGCUGCUCUUGAUGACGAGCAGAGCGCCAAUCAGGCUUCCCUGGGCAUCUUCUACCCCAACCUCAUCCUCAGUGGUAUCAUCUGGCCGGUGGAGUGUAUCCCCUAUCCUCUCCGCUACAUCAGCCUGGCACUUCCUCAGACGUACGCCUCCGAAGCUCUCCGCUGUAUCAUGUACAGAGGUUGGGGUCUGUCUCGGUUGAUGGUGUGGCGUGGCUUCGCGGUCACUCUGGGCUGGAACACUUUCUUCCUCAUCCUAGCCACGGUCAUCUUAAAGCUGAGGACGUGACAGCCUCGCCUCAGACACCCGGCCUUCAGUCGAGGGGUCG